AUGUCAAAUGAGAUUCUUCCACUUUCCGUGGUAGCUAAACGUCUAGAGCAUUGUUCCGGUUAUGAGUUUCAAUGCAUAUUGAGGACUCUGAAAUCGCCAAAGUAUGUCAACCAGCAACUACUGAAGUCUGAUUUAAGUGUGCUCAUUGCGAAACUUCUCAAGUUGCUUAGGUCUAACGACGAUUACCAUGUGUGGAAAGGCUGCCACGUUGCGGCGGUUCUAUGCUCCUAUAAUCCAGUCGUGCUAUCUUCGCAUGCUGAUGGUUUACUGCAUGUGAUUUACUCCAAGGUGGAGCAAAAGGCACAGUAUUACUCAAGCACAGUUGGAACUCCUCAGGGUAAAGUUACUUUGAUAAAUCUGGUGAGAACUAUUGGGAUACUUAUGGACCUUGUAAGAGGCAAACCGGCACUGACACGAGAGGCCUUGACACCUAAACUAGGUGCCAUAAUUCCCACCCUGGUCUCUCUCUCUCAAUUUGAGCCUCAAUUAUGCUUGCCAAUAAUUAAAAAACUUCUGUUACGGUCGACAACGACUUUCAGGCCACAUAUCAAUAAGUUCCGUGCUGUGUUGCUAAAUCUGCUCUUGAAAGAUUAUCACCAUUUUGAUAAAUCGACGAGAAGACUAAUAUCCGAUUGUUUUGCAUACUUGCAUUUGAUCAAACAAAAUGUGCAAGCUAAAGAUGAUAACCAGAGUCACCAUAAGUCGUUUCAGGAUGAUAACUGGAGAAUGGGGCUACUAUCCAUUUUGUUUCAAUUUAAGCCUGUCAUUAGCUUGUGUAACGAACUUUUAGAUUUCAACGCCGAUUCUGAUAUGUCAAAGCUGGUCGAAUCUCUUCCCAAACCACCCUCAGGAACUAAUAGUUUUGAGGAAAUUUUCCCGUCUUUAUCUGUUGACAUGAACUCUCCUAUGACUUUGUGGGAUAUUGUGGAGAGAUUGAGCACUUUGGUCGACUUAACAAUAUCAUUUAUUUCUGUGCCAACUCCUUACGCAAUUCGAGUUCCAUUAGGAGGCAUCAUUUCAGUAUGUGAGACGAUGCUUGCUCUGACCACCACUUAUCUACCUUUACAACGUGGCUUACGCAGGGACGCGGAAUUGACAUCUACGAUCAAUGAUAUUUUUCCUCAAAUUCAAUGGCAAGCCAUUCGAAUGCUAAACCAUCUAACUGGCAUAUACGGCAAAUGUGUACUUGCCCAUUUACCGUCACUAAUCGCUUCUGUAGAAUCUUUCAUUCCUUUGAAACAUGGGUCAAUGACAGUUGACCUAGACAGAAUUCAAGCACUUAGAGGUGCGUUUGUUGAUGUUUUCGAAUUAGCUGCGACCUGGAUUUCUUACAUGGGGCACUCUUUCGAUGAAACCACCUUUUUUACGAAAUUGGUCGAGGUUUCACUCUGUUUGACAGAUGAUAUCAAUCCGCUGAAUGACAUGUUUGUCGUGCUCAACAGAAACUCGCGUAAACAAGCACAAACGAAGAAACAGAAGAAUGCGUCCAAAUCGUACACUGGCUCCAUGUCUGAUUUGUACUCACAUCCUAAAUCUUUCGUAUGCCGCAGCUCGUUGCGUGUGUUUAAUGCUGUUAACAAGUUUCUGAUCACAAUUUGCUCGUUUGUGAGAUUGCCAUCUAAUCAACAAAUUAAAGUUAUCAAGAAUGCCAUUAUCAUAGCUGUUAAACAAAAAGCAGAGUUGGGCUACAUUCCAAAGAGCUUUAUAAACCUUUUAAGAACUUUGGUUCUAUACCCUGGAAAUGAGCGCGUAACGAUUUUGCCCAUUGCUGUGACGCUCUUAAAAGAUUGCGGCGAUGACGUUUUCAAUGCUAUUUGUAAUCCGAGAUUGCCAAUGGGAGCUGUACAGAUUGUUGAAGAAACCCAGGCCUUGGGCGCUGAUUUGAAUAGCGCGACUAUCCAGUAUCCUGAACCUUCAAGUCCUCAAACACUUGAAUCUAGUGAACAUGCCGAGGUUGAUGUCAAUAAAGGUAGUGAAUUGGAACAUUCUAUGAAGUGUGAUGUUCAGGAAGAUAUUCAAAUGACUGAAGAGGAAACAAAAGCAACUGGUAUAGUGACUGUUGACAAAAUCACGACCGAUACAACAAAAAUAUUUAAGAAAAGAGUUAUUGAAUCUGAGGAAUCAAACGAGCAUCCGGCUGCCAAGCAGCUUAAGAUCAGCGAACCUGAAGAAGUCACAAAUACUGUUAAAGAAGUCAUCUUAGAAACAGAUUUGCCCGCUAGUACCUCAUAUCAGAAGGGCGGACCAGAGGAUGGGGAUGAGGAUGAUGAUUCUGAAUUUGAAAUCCCUGCUAUUGAAUUGAGCGAGGAUGAAGAUGAUUAG